AUGAUUCGUACAGUUGGCUUAGGAAGAUCAAAUGAUGAGACACCUGUUUUUGGUCAGGAUCAAAACACCACCAAGUCCAAGGUUGUACAAUUGAUUGGUGCCGUACAGACUUUACUGAGGAUACCAUUAAUUGGAAUAAAUGUACUGGUGAUCAUUUACGAAUUACUAUUGGGAUGA